AACUUUGAGCACUUUUGGACACCGUUAAAUCAAGUCUGAUUGAGAUGAAAUUUCGAACAUUUUUGGACUAAUGAACAAAACGUUCAUGGUUGGUUCUUUAAAUUCGCUGAUGAAAUUUUUUCCAUACAUUCAAUGUCACCCUAAUGCAAGUAAUAAUUUUCGUCCAACUCGUCUGAUGUAGGGAGUAAUAAUAGACAGCAGCAAGAGAGCCGAUGUGUGAACGAACUAUUCAGAAAGCCAAAAAACAUUUUUAAAUUGCAAGGGUCAAAUUUUUAACGACUAAAGAUUGGCUCCAAUUAAAAGUUAGUGUCGUUAGUGGUUUAACGGAAUAGUGCCUAUUAAAUAAAACAAUUGUCCAAACUUGCAACUGAAACGGAAACGAUCUACCCGAACCAAAUCACAUAGAAACGUGGAAUGGCUCAUUCACGAUCGUUGAAGCCUGUUGACUUUUCAAACAAAUCAUUCAAAUGAUAAGAAAAAGACAAGCCGAAUGGGAGCUCCCCACGUUAUUUCAUUAGCGAUGUUUCAGAUGACGUAAAAGUAGAGAGCAGUAGAGUAGAGAGCAGUAGAGUAGAGAGCACAUUGAAUUUUCUUCAAAAGAGCAUCAUCAACCCAAACAAAACGUUCAUUCGAUUAAGAUUUGGAAUCCCGUUGGAUUGUGAUUUCCGCAGAUGACUAUUGAACUUCAGUGUCAGUGAUUAUGUGUAUGGCGUACCAUCUUUGUCAGUGUUCGCUGAGUGAUUUUACAGUAAGGAGCUGUGUUCGUGAUGGAGGGUUUUCUCUGUGCGAUCGUGUUUGCUGUCAAACUUAUGUAUAUUUCUUGUGCUAAUGAAACAUGCGUGACUACAGAAGGGUUAGAAGGAAACUGUAUCAAACUUAACAAAUGCAAUCAGUUGCUUUCACAAUCAGACGUGGUGAACGAAAUCCUCGACACGAGUAAAUGCGGUUUUGAAGCGGAUUAUUCUACCUUGGUAUGCUGUCCCAAAUGGCAGAACAAGGACAGAUGUGGACUUACAACAAAUCAGGUUGAUGGAUCAGUGGAUAACGUUACGUUUCCAUGGGUUGUGGAUGUAAUUUACAAAUUAAAACAGCGGUAUACUGCAUUUGAUUGUGCCGGUUCAUUAAUCAACAGUUGGUUUGUAUUAUCAGCAGCCCAUUGCGUAUUGAAAGUACCGUCGAGAUACAAACCGUUCAAAAUCAGAAUCAAUGGAAAACCUUUUCGCCAUGAACAUAUUAUCCAGAAAACUAUCGUUCAUCCCAACUACCUCACUGAUUAUUUAAACAUACACAACGAUAUUGCAUUGUUUAAGUUAAUGCAAGGAGUUCAAUUUAAUGAAUUUGCACAACCGGUUUGUCUACCAUCCAGCAUAGACAACAAUUCAAUGAUGUUACAACGUGAAAGUAUUCUUACAAUUUUUGCGGUUGGACCAAUAUCGGAUGGUACGACAAAACGUACUAAGCGUCUCAUCUCUAUGCCACUGAAAGAUCCCUCAGUGUGUAAUAACCUCUAUCAGCCUUUGGGCUUGCAACUUGAUGAUGCACAGUUAUGUGUUGGCGGUGAACCUAAGCAAGAUUCCUGUCGUGGUGAUUCAGGAGGCCCUUUGAUGAUGCAGCAGCAAGGGCACUGGUAUCAGAUUGGUAUUAUUAGCCUAGGGCCUGAACGGUGUGGUGGAAAGAUUCCUGGAAUCUAUGUCAACCUUCUAAAGUAUAUUAAUUGGAUCGAAGAAACACUUGAUGACAGCUAACAAUAAGACAGUAAUAUCGAAGCGUGUUGAAUUUUUGAGUGUAAGUAUUCUAAUGUAAAUAAUCAAAGAGACCUGUGCUCCCCCUCCGAUACUUGUAAAUUGCUAGCGUCUUGUAACGAACCCAAAACGAUAAAAAAUAUAUUUACGAGAAUA